UUUCCAUACAGUAUCCCAUUUCUAAUUAAAAACUUCAUCCUACUCCUUUCAACAAUAUCUCUUUUGCCUUAAAACAACUAUGGCUCCUGCUCUUCAACAACCAACUCCAUCUGAAACAAUAACCAUCGAUGCAUCAUCGGAAUCCAACAAUGUUACCAUCACUGGAAAGAUAUACACAAGAGUCCGUCUGGCUACGAAAUCUGAUCUGUCUCAUAUAUACCAAUUGUUUUACCAAAUCCAUGAAUACCAUAACUAUACUCAUUUAUACAAAUCUACCGAGUCCUCCUUAGCCAAUUUGCUUUUUAAAGAAAAUCCUCUUCCACUUUUCUACGGUCCAUCGGUACUUCUACUUGAAGUCUCUCCAACCCCUUUUAACGAACCCAAAAAUACCACAAAUGAAGGGUUCAAGCCUGUCCUUACAACGUUUGACCUUAAAUUCCCUGUGGUGGAAGGACAAGUUGAGGAGUUCCGAUCAAAAUAUGAUGAUAAGAUUGAGGAGUUCCGAUCAAAAUAUGAUGAUAAGAGUGAUGCUUACAUUGCAGGAUAUGCUUUCUUUUACGCUAAUUAUUCAUGUUUCUAUGACAAGCCAGGAUUCUAUUUUGAGAGUCUCUACUUCAGAGAGAGUUAUAGAAAGUUGGGAAUGGGGAAAUUGUUGUUUGGGACAGUUGCAUCCAUUGCUGCCAACAAUGGGUUCGUAUCGGUAGAGGGAAUAAUCGCAGUUUGGAAUAAGAAGUCAUAUGAUUUUUACAUAAAUAUGGGAGUUGAAAUUUUUGAUGAGUUUAGGUAUGGCAAGUUGCAUGGUGAAAAUCUUCAAAAGUAUGCUGAUAACAAGGGGGAAAUUAAGGAAGCGAACUGUUAGUUUUUUUUUUCUUUCCCUUUUUAGUGCUUUGUUGUGCAAUUUAUCAAUUUCUAUUUGUAAUUUUGUAAAAGCAGAAAGCUUAUUACAUUUGUAUUUGAAAAUUUUAAAUUGGUAAUUAUCACAUUAAACCUUCAAUUUA